AUGUGUUCGCCAAGACUGCAGUGCCUAGCGCUCCGCUGUACUCCAUAUCGUGGUGGCCUUAUUAUCUGCCAGCUCCUCCUUGACAUUGUCCGAGCUUUUUUUCCCUCAUGGUUCCCCAAGGCCUCCACUCCUGAACAGGAUCUCGGACCUUUGACGGUGGUGCUAACCAGGCUUGAAGGGAAGACUGAAGCUGUCGGCGAAGAUGUCAAAUCGAUUAAGAAUGUUGUUCAGGGCCCCACCCCUGAGCCACAGGAGUCGAUUGUCGAGCUCGUUUCUGAUGUGAGGACAGAGUUGCGCGAGACGGCUCUUGAGCGCAGGAACCAGCACGAGCAGCUGAUGGCCGACGUCCGUGGUCUGAGGACCGACGUCCAAGCCCUUGUGAAACGCGAGGAUGUUCAGGAUGCGACAUCGAAAGGUGAUCAGGUCCUCCAAGUCCUUACCAAGAUGCUGGACAGGCUCCCAGAACCUGUUUCUGCCUUUCCCAAAGCCCCGGGAACAGGGAUGCAUGGGCCACCCAGCGGCUAG